AUGACGCGCAUUCUCACCCUCGCCCUUCAUGGGCUGGCUCUUGUCCAAAGUGUUGUUGGGGCUCCCCAAUUGGCCCCCAGAGCGACAACCAGUCUGGAUGCAUGGUUGGCAUCGGAGACGACCGUUGCGCUGGAUGGGAUCCUUGACAACGUGGGUUCUAGUGGAGCCUACGCUAAAAGUGCGAAGUCCGGUAUCGUGAUUGCCAGUCCAAGCACCAGCGAUCCAGACUACUACUACACGUGGACUCGUGAUGCUGCGUUGACCGUCAAGGCCCUGAUCGAUCUGUUCCGCAAUGGCGAGACAAGCCUUCAGACCGUGAUCAUGGAGUACAUUAGCUCUCAGGCGUACCUCCAGACCGUAUCCAACCCUUCAGGGUCCUUGUCCACCGGUGGUCUGGCAGAACCAAAAUAUUAUGUCGAUGAGACUGCCUACACGGGUAGCUGGGGACGUCCCCAGCGGGAUGGUCCUGCCCUGAGAGCGACGGCGAUGAUCGACUUUGGUAACUGGCUCAUUGACAACGGAUAUUCAACCUACGCCUCUAGCAUUGUGUGGCCGAUCGUCCGCAACGAUCUGUCGUACGUUGCCCAAUAUUGGAACCAGACCGGAUAUGACCUCUGGGAAGAAGUGAACGGAUCCUCCUUCUUCACGAUUGCCGUGCAGCACCGGGCUCUGGUGGAAGGCAGCACCUUCGCCUCCAAAGUUGGUGCCUCGUGCUCGUGGUGCGACUCGCAGGCGCCGCAGGUGCUUUGCUUCCUGCAGCGCUUCUGGACAGGCUCGUACAUCAUGGCCAACUUUGGCGGCGGGCGAUCGGGCAAAGACGCCAACACCGUCCUGGGAAGCAUCCAUACCUUCGACCCGAAUGCCGGUUGCGACGAUACCACGUUCCAGCCAUGCUCUCCUCGAGCACUGGCCAACCACAAGGUCUACACUGAUUCGUUCCGUUCUAUCUACUCUAUCAACUCGGGAAUUAGCUCAGGCAAGGCUGUUGCCGUGGGUCGCUACCCUGAGGACUCUUACUACAAUGGAAACCCGUGGUUCCUUACCACGUUGGCUGCCGCAGAGCAGUUGUACGAUGCCAUUUACCAGUGGCAGAAGAUUGGGUCUAUUACCAUCACGGACGUCUCGCUGGCCUUCUUCAAGGAUCUUUACAGUUCUGCGGCCGUUGGAACGUACGCCUCUUCGAGCUCGGCCUUCACCUCUAUCGUGAGCGCCGUGAAGACGUACGCUGAUGGAUAUAUGAGUAUUGUGCAAACACACGCGAUGACGAAUGGCUCUCUCUCUGAGCAGUUCGGCAAGUCCGACGGCUUCUCGCUGUCCGCCCGCGAUCUCACCUGGUCGUAUGCAGCCCUCCUCACAGCCAACCUGAGAAGAAACUCGGUUGUUCCCCCAUCCUGGGGCGAGACGACCGCAACCAGCGUGCCCUCCGUCUGCUCAGCUACCUCUGCCACCGGCACCUACAGUACCGCCACGAACACCGCGUGGCCCAGCACUCUGACCAGCGGGACUGGUGCUACAACUACCACAAGCAAGGCGACUUCUUCUAGUACUACUACUACCUCGUCGGCCUCGUCAACAACAGUUGAAUGUGUGGUUCCGACCGCGGUGGCAGUCACCUUUGAUGAAGUUGCUACCACAACCUAUGGCGAGAAUGUCUACGUGGUGGGAUCCAUCUCCCAACUGGGCAGCUGGGACACGAGCAAGGCCGUGGCCCUGAGUGCCAGCAAAUACACCUCCAGCAACAAUCUCUGGUAUGUCACGGUCACCCUUCCCGCUGGGACGACCUUCCAGUACAAGUUCAUCCGGGUUUCGAGCAGCGGGUCGGUUACUUGGGAGAGUGACCCGAACCGUUCAUACACGGUUCCGUCCGCUUGUGGGACGUCCACCGCGGUGGUGAACACCACUUGGCGCUAG